UCAAUAUAUGAUAAAUCGCAUAAUGACAUGGAGCAGAUUGGCUUUUAAACCACAGUAUUUCAAUGCUUAGGCUCCAGCUACUUAAAGUGAAAAAUUGUUAUAAUUUACUGAUGCAUUGACAAAAUAAUAAUUGAAAGAUACUAAAUAAUAGGUCUCAUAAGGAAGAUCAUGGAAAAUAGAAGAAUUGAGACUGAAAUCGACUGAAGAUUUAACAAAAUUAUGGUACAUUUUGAAUUAAUGAUUUGAGGUAUGUGAUGUUGAAAGAAAAGAAUUUAUUAUUAUCAGAUGGAAUAUUUUUCAAAAAAGUAGUAGGUGUCAAAGGUAGGAUGGGAAAACUUGUGCAACUCAAGAUAUCUAUGGCUAGAUUAAAGACUGUUGUGUAGGAGAGGGAAAAAGUCAGGCAAAAAUAUAGAAAAUAAUUAGAGGAUGAGUAUGUUAAAUAAAAGACUGAGUAAUAUUUGGCAUAGGUAAGAUAUUGAUAUAUUGCAGCAAUAAGAAAUAAGUAAAUCAGAAAUUGAAGUUCCAGAAAUAACCCCAAACUUGUUGAGAGCUAAAGUUAGAGAUCUUAAAUUAGGCAAAGAUGAUGUUUCAUAUAUUGAGGAAGCAUUGAGAAUUAAACAUAAGAAGGAAGACUAUAAAUAAUAUUUAAGAGAGAAAUAUGAUUAUAAAAAUAAGCCAAUUGUUAGGUUGGGUGAAAGUCUUCCAGAGGGAAAGACAGAGGUAAACACUCUUUUAUUAAUAAUGAGGAUUAAGUCAUUCGAUAGUUUAAGUCUUCAGUAUAAGAAUAAAUAGAGACCGCUAAGCCAAUACCAUAAGAUGAGAUUUUGAGAUCACAUGUUAAAAAUUGGUUCAUGUUGGGUCCAAAAUAAAAGAGAGUCAUUGUGAAUUUCUUAUAGGCAAGAAGAGCCAGAGAAUCUAAAUCACUAUUUUUAAGAGAAUUAGAUUUAUUAGGUUAGAAGAUCAGACAUGACUUGCAAUAAUACCAAUAAUAGAAAUAAGCAUAAUAGUAAUGAUAUAUUAUUUAAUGAGUAUUAAAGAAAUUAUCAAAAUAACACAUGAC